CACUUUUGUAGCUCCAUAGCUCCUCUGCGCUCCACCUCCAAACUCUUUCUCUCUCUGUGCCACUGCUCCCUACAGAAAUGCAGCCAAGCUUGAUCUGACUUGUCCUGCCUACAGCUCACAACUUACUCAACCCAACCAACUCAUUUUGCGCCGUUUUCUGGGUUUACUCCGGUACUUUCUGUUCUGCAAACGCGUUGACAUGGCCAUUUUUGUAUCGCCACAGUGUCUGGGAAUGAUCAUACUCGGGGCCGUGCUGAUUCAAACCAUCGCUGUUUCUGUCAGUUUCAUGUACUUCAACCAAGUCCUUAGCACGAUGAAGGAAAGUUUUUCCAGGAGCAGCGUGUCUUGUUUGAUGAACUCAAAUCCACCCUCUGGGCUUCAGGACAGCGCCGCCGAGGGGAAGAAGAGCGACCCCUGCUGGCAAGUCACACAACAGCUCCAAUCCCACAUAGAGAAGGCGAUGGAAGACAAAUUUCAAAACGAGAUCUCCAAAACUAUGAAAAGCGAGCUGACGGCUGUGUUGCCAUUGUGGGGUCCUGCGAUUCGAGGCGUCCCUCUCCCUAAAGUAGCAGCCCAUGUGACCGGAGUCGCAUCGUCCAAUGAGAACUCUGCAACAGAAGGCCCACGGGGCAGUAGGGGUUACCUGGGGGAGCGUAUCCAGGCGUGGGAUGGGCAGCGUGGCUUGUCUUUUCUGUUGAACAUGGAGCUAAAGGGCGGAGAGCUGCUGGUGCCCAAAGCUGGACUCUACUACGUCUACGCCCAGACGUACUUCAGACUGCCCUCUACUGGAGAGACAGAGGAACACAACGGGGAGGCCAGGAUGGAGGACGGAGCAGAGUUGGUCCAGUACAUCUACAAAAAGAUGAGCUCCUACACAGUACCUAUUCUCCUGAUGAAGUCCUCCAGGAGCGUGUGCUGGCCCAGGGGUCAAGAGCCCGGACUGUUCUCCCUCCACCAAGCCGGGACCGCCUUCCUCCAACCAGCGGACCGCCUCUUCAUCACCGUUAGCAACGCCAGCACGAUGGAGAUGGAUGGAAGGGCGAGCUAUUUCGGGGCAUUUCUUGUGGGAUAGAAUCAAAGAAAAACAUUUCAACUACAAAUAUGAAAGAGCUAGCUGGACCGAGAAGCCAGGAGUUUGCUGAGCUGAGAGUGGUAAUGCCCAAAGGAAAGACAUUUCGAAACUAUGCCAAAGGGGAAAUACUCAACCAGGGUUCAAGUACCGAUAACAAGAUACAGAAGAGAGAAACUUCAAAUAUGGCAGAGCUGUUCCAACGGGAAUUUUAAGAUCCAGGAUUGGAAAAAAAGGGAGAGGGGAUGGUGACUGGUUAGCGUGGACAUUUUAACCAGGCAGCAGUAGAAAAGUUUUGAAUAUAUGAACAGAAGUGAAAAAAGAAAGACUUGUGGGUGUGUUUUCAAGUGCGAAGGAAACAUCACAUAACUAUACAUUAUGUGGGAGAUUUAAAUAUUGACAUUUUUUGCAGGUUGAUAGAUAUUUAUUGAAUGUUCGCUGCCAUGUCAGUAUUGAGUUGGUUUAUGCACAACAACUUUAAGAAGCACUGCGUAACUUUGAUUGUGGAAAGUCUGCUCGUCGCCACAGGGAUGGUAUUACAGUAAAAAGCUUGUUUUUCCAAGGCAAUAAAAACACAUGAAAUUGAUUGAAAUGCAAGAUCGAUAGGAAACUGUGAAACAUUACAUGAAAAGCAUCUUCAUGAAAACAAGCAGGUGGCAGACUCCACCAGAAAUGUUACAUAGUGCCACUUUAAAAGACAUUUUUCCUAAGUAUGUAAGUUAAAUUUGUAUGCAUGUACCUUAUGUUGGGGAAAAUUCGGUUAGUUUUUAUGCAAAAGUAUGUGAUUUUGUAAAUAUGUUGUACAGUGUUAAAUAUAAUAUAUAGUGAUUUGGAUAAAUAAAUUUUUUUCUA